AACACAAAUUAGUAAUGGUCGGUUUAGAUAAUGCUGGCAAAACCACAAUACUCUAUCAAUUUCUUAUGAAUGAAGUCGUCCACACAUCGCCCACAAUUGGCUCAAAUGUCGAAGAGGUUGUGUGGCGAAAUAUACAUUUUCUUGUGUGGGAUUUGGGAGGACAACAGAGUCUGAGAGCAGCAUGGAGUACAUAUUAUACAAAUACAGAGUUCAUUAUUAUGGUUAUCGACUCAACAGAUCGUGAACGUUUGGCUGUGACACGUGAAGAAUUAUAUAGAAUGUUGCAACACGAAGACUUGAGUAAAGCCAGUCUGCUGGUGUAUGCCAAUAAACAGGACUUAAAAGGCUCAAUGUCAGCUGCUGAAAUAUCACGUCAAUUGGAUUUAACCUCAAUUAAAAAACAUCAAUGGCACAUACAAGGCUGCUGUGCGUUAACGGGAGAAGGACUCUAUCAGGGUUUGGAAUGGAUUGUUCAACGCAUCAAAAAGAAAUGACAUACUCAAAUGGACUGCGAUAGUAGUUUAUAGUUAAAUCAAUAAUUAAAUUACUAUUUAUAUAUUAUUAAACAACAAAAACAUUUAUAAUAAUUUUAUAUAUAUACAAAAGAUAAAAAAAACCAACAAUGAAGAAAAACAAUUUAAUUAUUUGUAAGUAAAUGUAAUUUGUAAAUCUUAAACAUAAAAAAAA